AUGGGUUCUUCUGACACAACUGAGACAUCGGUGCCUCCAUCCCCCAUUACAGACUUGGAAAGAGGUCAAAAUGUAAAAGCCAGUGAUGGCGAUAAGGUCGUCACGGAGUCCAGUGCCUUGAGGCCCGCCGACAUUGAUUAUUCGGUCUUCACCAGGAAUCAGAAACGCUAUAUCGUCUUCACUGCAUCAUGGGCUGGGUUUUUCUCCCCUGUAUCCUCGCAGAUUUAUUUUCCUGCCCUGAAUACCCUGGCUCAGGAUCUCAAUGUGUCGAAUUCCUUGAUCAAUCUAACACUAACGAGCUACAUGAUCUUCCAAGGCCUCUCGCCUAUGUUUAUAGGUGGCUUUGCCGACAAUGCAGGGCGACGACCAGCAUACCUGAUUUGUUUUACCAUAUACAUUGCCGCGAAUAUCGGACUGGCAUUGCAGAACAGCUAUGCAGCCCUUUUUGUUCUUCGAUGCCUGCAGAGUGCAGGGAGCAGCACGACGAUUGCCCUCUCCUCAGGCGUUGUUUCAGAUGUAGCGACAGCGUCUGAGCGAGGCUCAUAUAUGGGUUUAGUGACGGCAGGCAGCCUACUUGGACCCAGCAUUGGCCCCGUCGUUGGAGGGUUAUUAGCGCAAUAUCUCGGUUGGAGAGCCAUAUUCUGGUUUCUAGUUAUUUUUUCUGGAGCAUUCAUAGCGCCCUUCCUCCUCUUUUUCCCGGAAACUGCCCGUGGUGUAGUCGGGAAUGGUUCAGUUCCGCCGCAGAAAUGGAACAUGUCAUUGAUCAGCUAUUUUAGGAUGAGGCAAAAAAGCCAGGACGGAGAGCCUGCGCCUACCAGUCCCUCAAAGCGCAAGAUUGGCUUUCCGAAUCCUAUCAAAACUCUUUCAAUCGUGUUCCAAAAAGAUACUAGCAUCAUUCUUGCGUCGAAUGCGAUUCUCUUUGCGGGGUUCUACGAUGUUAGUGCGUCUAUUCCGUCCAUAUAUAGCGAGCUAUACGGCCUCAAUGACUUGCAAGUCGGUCUCUGUUAUAUUCCCUUCGGAGUAGGAGCUGCGAUUGCAUCCUUCGCCAAUGGACGGUUUUUAGACUACAAUUAUGCCCGCAUCGCCAAGGCAUUAGGGUUCCCGGUCGCCAGGAACCGAAGUACAGAUCUGAGGAAUUUCCCCAUUGAAAAAGCGCGUCUGCAAAUUGCCCUGCCCCUCCUGGCGAUUGGAAGCAUGUGCGUCAUCGCGUUUGGAUGGUUUCUCAGCUUUGGAGUCCACUUGGCUGCCCCCACGACAAUUCUCUUUUUUAUGGGUCUGGCUUUGACAGGAUCAUUCAAUACUGUCAGCACCUUGCUUGUCGAUCUAUACCCCUCUACGGCUGCCACGGCCACAGCUGCGAAUAACUUUGUACGUUGUCUUCUGGGUGCAGGGGCUACGGCCCUGAUUGACCCGAUGCUGAGUGCCAUGGGAAGAGGCUGGUGUUUUACUUUCAUCGCCUUUGUGAUGCUAGGAACUGCGCCUCUUUUGUUGAUCGUCAUCUGCUUCGGACCAGGAUGGAGGGAAGAAAGACGCUUAAAGCAGGAGGCAAGGGCUACUAAGUCUACCGUUGUUGGUGAAAAAUAA